UUUAACCUUCGGUUCUCCACGUCGCCUUUCCUUAAAGUCCAUCUUCCAAAAAGUCAGGUACUAUCAGUUCGGUUCGGUCCGUUUUAUUCAGAGUUUCAGGGUGGCACGUCAGAUAUCUUAUUUGGGUUGGAUUUUCAGCACUGGAAUAUCGAGUUUAUUGUUGAAGAUUAUAUUAAUCAAAUGGAGCUUGACAGAUUAAACUCGCCCACCACGUUUACUAUGAGUUUGGAAGUUUUGGGUAAUGAGUUACAGUUUGCUCAGGAUCCCAAUUCAAAGCAUUUGGGAACUACAGUUUGGGAUGCCUCAUUGGUGUUUGUCAAGUUUCUGGAAAAGAAUUGCAGAAAGGGAAGGUUCUCCCCAUCUAAAAUGAAAGGAAAACGCGUCAUUGAACUUGGAGCAGGUUGUGGAGUAGCUGGGUUUGGCAUGGCACUACUGGGCUGUGACAUGGUUAUGACAGAUCAAGUGGAGGUUUUGCCAUUGCUAAUGAGAAAUGUUGAAUGGAACACUUCAAGGAUCGCACAGAUGAAUUCUGACUCAUUUGGGUCAAUCCAGGCAGCAGAGUUGAGCUGGGGAAAUGAGGAUCAUAUAAGAGCUGUUGGUCCACCAUUUGACCACAUCAUUGGAACUGAUGUUGUACGUUCGUUUAAUUUCCUCUGAAAACUGAAACUUUGAAUUUCUUCAGUUGUUUAUUGAUCUACAAUGGCAAAUAGUUAUAUCUAUGGUAUUUAUUGUGACACGAUAGUUUUGGAUUUCAUUGGUAUUCAGUGUGAAGGAUUGUAACGAAUUACAUCUGGGUAAGGCUGGAGUCCCUGGAUGUACAGAAGGUUUUAAACAGAAAUGAGCCAUUAAUUGGUCGACCACAGUCCAAACCAUGUCCUUUUCACCAAGAUGAAGAGUUGAAUCUUUUUGUUCUUUUAGCGUUCAUUUCCCAAGGGUACUGGAAAUGGAGCAUCAUGCCUGGAUAUUCAGAUUGAACUUCUAUCUUUAGAGAUUUAAGUAAUGGCUUCUUUUUAGAAAGGACAAUAAAACUUUCAUAUGCGGGUAACUCAGUCGCACUCACUCUUGAUAUUGCUUCUCCAACUCAAUUUACGUACUUCCUUUAGGAUCACCCGUCUUCUUUCCUCCUCCCAUUUCUAUUUUCCUUUUGUUUGUUUCAGGAUUCCAUAAUAAUAUCGGUCUUUCAAAUGUCAUAUUUAUGAUGUUUAGUCCUUUUUUUAAUAUUGUUAAUUAGUAUUAAUUAAACUGUGCUGAUCUAUUUUCAACUUUUUUGGAUUUCGGGUUUAUAAAGAAAAUCUCUUGGAACCACUGUUGCAGACAAUACAUGAAUUAUCAGGGCCCCAGACUACAAGUUAUGUAUGGUACUUCAGAGAUUUUAGUUUUUAUUUUUAUUUUCUAAUCAUUGUUACUGAUGCACUGGUUUGUUUCAGUUUUGGGAAGAUGGGGUAUGAGAUUCAAUCGACAGCGUCCAUGAGCAAAUGCUUCAAAUGUGGAAAUGAAACUUCCAAGUGAAAACUGUUCCAAAUUCGAAGGGUCUUGUGUCAUUCAUGAGGGACCACAUAUGAGAUUGAGCUUGGGAGAGAAGGUUCACUCUGACCUUUGAUUUUCCUAAAUACGAUGUUUUUUUUUCUUGUCAAACUCCUGCAGAUGGACAGUACCUACCAACAUCCAGAUAUUCCACUUUACGUUAUGACAUUAAAGCCUCCUGAGGAGUUUACAGAAAACGCAGUUGAGGUGAUUGAUCCGAAUGAGGGUGAAGUGGAGACUGGUGCAGAAGAAGCGGCUAAUGCGAUGGAUCAGAAAGUUGAUGAAGUGGAUACAAGUGCAGAAAACGCAGUUAAUGUGAUCGAUCAGAAAGUUGAUGAAGCCGAGAGUUGUAAGGAAAAAGGAGACGGUGGUUCCCUCGAUGAAAAGGUUGAGGAAGACUGAGCCAGCGACAGGACUUCAGAACGGUAAACUUACUGAUUGGGAAGCUAGAAGAUAUGGUUCAAUGGCUGCACGGCUUCUUCACGACAUCAAAAUUACCUAAUAACGAGGUUCGGUCUUUGUGAUUUUUUCUGCUGCCUUGCUGCUUGCGUUGUUGGGCUCAAGUACUCAUGCUUUAGUUUUAGUUAUCUAGACGUCUCUAUGUUUAUUAGUUCGAUCGCUUCCUUCUUUUUUGUGGAAUGCCAUUCUCCAAAAGGAGUCUUGACGUGUACGUAAUGUGUUGUGUUUUAUAUAGAAAUUAGAAUGCAAAGCUAUCACCAAUGAUCUUGAUGACUUCUUA